AUGUGUCGUUUCAUGAUAUUCAAGGGCCGGGAGCCCACCGUGCUCUCCGACUUGCUCACCAAGCCCGCCCACUCCAUCAUCAACCAGCUGUUUGAUCUGCGGCUCCGCCUCGAUAUGAGAAACCCCAUAAACGGCGACGGCUUCGGUGUCGGCUACUAUACCACUACCGGCGAACAGGCUCCGUGUUUAUUUAAAGCGAUUACUCCUGCUUGGAAUAAUGUGAAUCUCAACAACUUGUCCCAACUGACGGAACUGACAUUGGUUUUUGGUCACGUUCGUGCACUGACCCACGGCGUGUUAGCGGAAACUAAUUGCCACCCUUUCGCUUAUGGCAAGAUUAUGUUCAUGCACAACGGUGGCAUUUCCGGUUUUGAGAAGAUUAAGCGACAACUUGUCAACCACAUCGAUGAUCGCUUUUUCAUGUUUAUCCAAGGGUCUACCGACUCUGAGUGUAUUUUCGCUCUUUUCCUCGAUACCUUGGACAAAAUGGGGUAUAAUCCCGAUGAUGUCAACCUUGAAGUGACCCAUAAAGUGCUUAAACAGGCGAUGCUUCAAACCAUCGAGUUGGUCAAACAAUGGCAAGUGGCAGUGACUAAGGAACCUUCAUUACUUAAUCUUGCGGUUACCGACGGGGAAGCGGUAGUGGUGUGUCGCUACAUCACUUCGUCUACUGAAGAAGCGGCGUCGCUCCACUUCUCCACGGGGUCUCGCUUCUUUGAAUACGAGCCAGGCCAUUUCAAGAUGGAACGCCUCAACCGCAGUCAGGACGUGAUCUUUGUGGCUCUGGAGCCCCUCACGUUCGAACGCGGCGACUGGAUCUGCGUCCCCACCAACACCAUCAUCACCAUCACUAAGAAUAAUACCGUGCUCAUGUACCCGAUCAAGGACGAGUUCUACAACGAGCUGGAGCGGUCGCUGGAUUUUGCCAUGUCCAAGGGGCUUAUGGGAGGUGUGCCUACCAAAGAAGACGAGCCUCAAGAUGACGACGGAGUGCCUCCUUUGGAGCUUGAGGGAAGAAAAGGUAGCCGCGUCGAAGUGGCAUCCAAUUAG